GAGUUUAUGGAAAUAAUUUGACGUCUGUUAUUAACAUCCACUGCAGCAUACAAGCAUAAAGACAACUCACAAACUAUUCUAAGAGGACUGCUAUACAUGACAUGCUGAAAUGAACCUAAGCGUAUUAUUUAUGACCCUGGAGCACAGAAGCAGUCAUAAGCAGCACAGGUAUAUUUGUAGCAAUAUCCAACAAUACAUUGUAUGGCUCAAAAUUAUACAUUUCUCUUUUAUGCCAAAAAUCAUUAGGAUAUUAAGUAAAGAUCAUGUUCCAUGAAGAUAUUUUGUAAAUUUCCUACUGUAAAUAUAGCAAUACUUAAUUUUUGAUUAGUAAUAUGCAUUGCUAAGAACUGCAUUUGGACAACUUUAAAGGAGAUUUUCUCAAUAUUUAGAUUUUUUUGCACCCUCAGAUUCCAGAUUUUCAAAUAGUUGUAUCUCAGACAAAUAUUGUCCGAUCCUAACAAACCAUACAUCAAUGGAAAACUUAUUUAUUCAGCUUUUUUUUUUGGACCCUUAUGACUGGUUUUGUGGUCCAGGGUCACAUAUUAUUGUCUUAUACGUAGCCUUUUACACCAUAGAAGAGUCUUACAAGCAAAUUAAUUUUAGAGUUUUUAUUUGUAUUUUUUUUUUAUUUAAUUUUUUUAAGAAUCUAAAUAUAUAGGCUAUAUAUCAGCAUUUUCCUUUAAGAUAAAAAGGCAGGAAAUUUCUUUGACAAUGCGCAUUUAUGAAUGUAACACCUUGCAAUAAAUAAGUAAUAAAAAUAAUUAUAAAAUUAAUAUGAAAAGGGACUCUUUUUUUUCAAAGAGUCAUCAAAAGCGUACUGUGUGGAAUCUUGUGGAUGAAUUCCUUUAUACAAAACACUUUUCAGCAAACACAGCUAUGACAAAAGGAGCAGUUGCGCGACAGUAAUGUGGCUGCGAGCAGGAGUGCGCGCAUGCGCAGCGCGCUCUCACUGCAGAGGAGGGGGUCAGUGACAGCGCGUCGCCGCAGCGUCAAGAUGAGCUCCGCCGAAUCCCGUCUGCUUUCCCCCGCCUGAGCCCCGAUGGACGCCGAGCGCAAGCAGCACGCGCUGGUCUCGUUCCUGUUCUACCAGGCAGUGCGGGACCUGAAGCCCGUGUGGAUGCUGGAGGACAUGCGCACCAUGGAGACCUUCUACUGGGAGGAGGACGCGACGCAGCGGAGCUACAGCCCUUCCGAGGCGCUGCUCUACGCCAUCGUGCACGACCACCGCGCGUACGCGCAGCACCUGCUCAGCCGCUUCGCUCACGAGGCGCUGGCCACGCCGGGGGCGCGCUUCUGCUGCCGCGCGUCCUCCGCGCCGCACCUCGCCAUGGCUGUGCGCUACGACCGACGCGACAUCCUGGCGCUCAUCCUGCAGGCGGCGCACCGCGAGCCGCGCCUGCGCUCCUACCUGCGCCGCGGCGGCUGCGCUCACCUGGAGGACGGCAAGACGCCGCUGCACCUGGCCUGCGAGCUGCUGCGCGCCGACGCCGUCAUGUUGCUCCUCGGGAGCGGCGCGUCGCCGCGGGCAGUGGACAGCAGCGGCAUGACGCCGCUCGACGUGGUGCUGCAGCAGCUGCGCGACUCCAAGGCGAACGCCGCGGCCAAGAAGUGCUGUUUGGAGAAGCUGCUGCUGUUCAUGCCGCAGCCGCGCUUCGCGAUGAGGAGCUCGCUGCUGGAGGAGCCCCGGCGCUGGGCCACGCUGCUGGGGGAGGACACGCUCCACUACCUGAUCGGACGCGAGCCGGCGCCGCUCUUCCUCUGCGCGAUGCGAGCGAUCCUGACGCAGCUGCCGCCGGAGCAGUUCCCCGCGAGCCUGGACACGCUGCCCAUCCCAGCCGCGCUCAAACCCCUGCCCAGAGCCCACACACUGCGCGGACUAGACCGCUUCCGCUAGUGUGUGUGUGUGUGUGUGAGUGUGACAAAUGAGGACAUAAAUGUGUAUAAUGACAAAGAUAUGACAGGUAUUACAAGGAGAUUUAUGAGGACAUUUCCCCAUGUCCCCAUAUUUCAAAAGGCUUAUAAAUCACACAGAAUGAGUUUUUUUGAGAAAGUAAAAAUGCCUGUAGUCUCCUGUAAGGGGUAGGUUUAGGUGUAGGGUUGGUGUAGGGCAAUAGUAUAUACAGUUUGUACAGUAUAAAAACUAUUACGCCUAUGGAGAGUCCCACAAAACAUGGAAAUCUGUGUGUGUGUGUGUGUGUGUGUGUGUGUGUGUGGCAUUUAGUGUGCAAUGGAUGAACAACAGCAUGACGGUCAUGAGCUUACACAAGCAAUAUUGUCUUCCUGUUUGUUGUCUUAGCCUUCUUUUAUGUACAUCAUGUAUAUGAAUUCAACUCGAUCGUCUUGAUUUUAAAACUUUUAUACCCAAGCUAUGCAAACUGUGCAGUAUGAGUUAAUAUGAGAUGUGUGUCUGUGUGCUGAUCUGAGAGCAGUGGAAUGGACUCAUUAAGAUGAUCCUGGUCCAGACGCUCUGUGAUGGUCCUCUCUGAUCUGAUCUGAUCUGGUCUGGUCAGGUCUGAUCUGGUCUGGUCUGGUCUGGUCAGGUCAGGUCUGGUCUGGUCUGGUCUGGUCAGGUCUGAUCUGGUCUGGUCUGGUCAGGUCAGGUCUGGUCAGGUCUGAUCUGGUCAGGUCUGGUCUGGUCUGGUCUGGUCUGGUCUGGUCUGGUCAGGUCUGGUCAGGUCUGGUCUGAUCUGGUCUGGUCUGGUCAGGUCUGGUCUUGUCUGGUCUGGUUUGGGACGGGUUACUGUGAUCUUGAGCGCUCACUUCCAUCCUCAGGUGUGCGGAGUAGUUCUGGAUUUUUAUGAUUAAAAAAGUGAAAAACAUGGGAGUUUUUUUCAAACCCCUGAAUAAUAAAAAUACCUGUAAUAUCUGAGAAA